CGCUUUCGCUGACGACGUGGCCGGUGUACGUCUCAGCCCCGUGUUUCAACGGACCGGGGCGAUUCAAAUAAGGCAAACCGGCUUUGUUCACAGCUUGUUCAGAGAGUCUCCUACUUCAGCAAGUCUCUCCAGAAGUUUGAUACCAUCACAAUGUCUGGGAAGAUCAAGAGCCGGAGUGCCGCUAACGCAGAGUCGAUAAGCGGCGGGGUGUCCUGCGAUGAACGCAUCCUGAGGGAUUGUCACCAACUGUACACGGAUCCCGACAGUGGCUUGAUCACAGUCGCUGAAUCUGUUGGUGUGAAGUUGCUGCCUCCCCGAAAAAAGAUCACUGUGAUGCUGAUGGGCAACCACUCUGCUGGGAAAAGCUCCUUCAUCAACUGGUAUGUCGAAGAGCACAUCCAGCGCACUGGAGUGGCUAUUGAGACCCAAGGCUUCAGCUUUGUAACAAGUGGGCGCAAGAGAGAAUCUCUCACAGGCAAUGCCACCCUUCAUCUAUAUCCACACUUCAAGCCUCUGCAAGAGUUCAAAGGUGUUUCAGAGUACUUGAGCACAGAGAUCUGCACGUCGCGACAGAAACGGUUCAGCCUGGUGACAUUUGUGGAUUCACCGGGGUUGGUGGACGGUGACAUGAAGUAUCCCUUUGAUGUGGACCAGGUUAUCAUGUGGCUGGGUGAUCUCUGUGACCUGAUUCUGGUCUUCUUUGAUCCCAUGGGUCAGGCUUUGUGCAAGCGCACCCUCAACAUAGUGGAGAGCCUGAAUGAGAAACAUGGAGAUCGUCUGCGUUUUUACCUGAGCAAGGCUGACGAGGCUGGAGGAGAGUCGGACAGACAGAGAGUAAUGAUGCAGAUUGUUCAGGAGCUCUGCAAGCGACCAGGACUGAACAAAUGCGGUUUUGACAUGCCCACCAUCUACAUUCCUAAUCCAAGUAAGCCAAGUCGCUGUGUGAACCAGAUUGAGGAGGUUUGUCGCACCGUCGAGAAAACCAUAAACCAGACAGUCCAGAAUACACUCAACUCCCUGGAGAAGGACUGUGAGAUUAUCAGUGAGGCCAUCACUGAUACACUCAAUAAUGACAGGCAGACCGGUACUAGGAACCGACGGGCGCGCUGUAAGAGCUGCUUCCUGACUCUGCUGGGCUUCACCAUCCCCAUGGCUCUGAUGGCCUUACUGGUGCUGGGCCUUCUGUCCCAGGAGCUGCUGGAGGCGGCUAUGGGCCGCGAGGGCAGAGAGAUGCUCUCACUCUACCUGGCUCCUGUAGUGAGAGUACUGGAGUCCCUCUCUGUGGAGCAGCAGCUUUACAGUUGUGGCGGACUGGUCCUUCUCUCCUUCCUCCUGCUCAUUAUCGCACGCUUCUCCUUCAGCACUCAACCAACUCUGUCAGGCAAACAAAAAAGGCAACUGCAGGAGAAGCUGGAGUACAUCCAGGAGGUGGUCAAGACCAAAAAGAAAAAGCUGUAUGAAGAUUACCUCCGUCAGAGUGUCAGCGAUCAGGACAUGGACUUGUAAAGAAAGACGGUGAUGCACACAGCGAUUCCACAUCCCCACACUGACGUCGGACCAAAUGAAAUAAAAGCUUUGCCAAGGUUUCACACCAGCCGUCAUGUCACUGACCACUAGAUGCUGCAUACUGUGGAAGUGUGCAGAUGUACAUUUUAAGCACAUGGUACACUUGUAGAAAAGCUUUGGUGCUUUGGAUACUGUAAAGUUUGUUUACGUAUUAGAUGGUGUUACCUCUGUAAACGCUCCAAAACCACACUACCUGCAGAUGAUUAGUGUUUGGAGAUGACCUUUUGUUACUGAUCACUUAUUGUUGUAAGCAUUUAUAUACAUGUAUUUUGUGCCUCUGCACCAGUCAAAUGAAUACCACUUUAAGAUAUUUAAACAUUUUCAAACUAUUUAUAAUAUUUCUUUAUCAGAGAAAUUGUAUUUUGGUUAUAUGGCAUAUAGCACUAGUUUAUAUGAGUCACUUUGUAUGAGUUUCCGAAGACUUUCACCAGCAUUUUUAUACAGUACUCUGGCUGCUUGGUAUCAUGAAGUUACAGUUUGAGGUAUUAAUCCAGGUCUCAUCAUGAAUGUCUGUGAAAGGUAAUGUGUAGAAUAUUCAAUUAUCCACACAACUCUUGUUAUUGAAGUAAAUAUCCAGCAAUCGAACAUUUUAUCAGUGAAGUUUUUGUACUUUCCUGUUCUAUAUUGUGACCAUGUUUUAACUACAAAUGAAUUAAAUAAAUAGUGUUCAAUAUA